CAUAUUUGUGAUAUUUGUCAAACGAUUAGCAUUAAUCAGCUUUUUGUUUAAAUAAUAUAUUUGUAUUUGUACUUGUACUUUAUUGUCGGUAAUGGUUUUUUAUUGUAAAUGAAAUAUUUAUUAAUUCUUUGAAAUACAUACAAACUGAAAAACCAUGACUGACAAAACUCCUGAUGAAGGAAACAAUAUCCCACUCACUGAUAGUUCGCUUGUAGUGGACAUAUCGGAUGCUCUUAGUGAAAAAGAUAAAGUUAAGUUUACUGUACAUACUCGUACAACAAUAAAAAAUUUUCAAAAACCGGAAUUCUUGGUAGUUCGGCAACACGAAGAAUUUAUUUGGCUUCAUGAUCGUUAUGAAGAAGAACCAAAAUAUGCAGGAUAUAUUAUUCCACCACCACCGCCCCGUCCAAAUUUUGAUGCCUCCCGUGAAAAAUUACAACGCCUUGGUGAAGGAGAGGGUACAAUGACCAAAGAAGAAUUUACCAAAAUGAAGCAGGAAUUAGAAGCUGAAUAUUUGGCUACAUUCAAAAAAACUGUCGCAAUGCAUGAAGUUUUCCUAACUCGUUUGGCUAGUCAUUCCGUAUUUAAAGAAGAUCCUCAUCUUCAUGUAUUUCUUGAAUACGAUCAGGAUUUGUGCGCUCGUCCAAAAGGGAAACUCAAACAGUUAGGAGGUUUAAUUAAAUCUGUUGGUACAACAACCGACCAAUAUUAUUUGAAUGCUACAGUUAGAGAUGUCAAUGACUUUUUCGAGCAACAGAUGAAUUCAUUAACAGAAUAUUACAACCAAUUAAAAGAUGCUACGUAUCGUACAGAUAAGAUGACAGAGAAGCACAAAGAACUUGCUGAUAGUUAUAUUAAAAUAUCAGGAGGAUUAGUACAAUUAGCUCAUAAUGACAAUGGGCGACUGGAUAAAUAUUUGUCAAGAGUUUCUGAUUCAUUUGAGAAAGUUAGAAAAUUAGAAAGCCGUGUCGCUAGCGAUCAGGAUCUAAAACUAGCUGAUACUUUGAGAUAUUAUAUGAGAGACAGCCAAGCUGCCAGGGCCUUACUUGUGAGAAGAUUAAGAUGUUUAGCAAAUUAUGAAAAUGCUAACAAAACGCUUGAAAAAGCUCGACACAAAAAUAAAGAUAUUCAUGCCGCUGAAACGGCGCAAUCAGUUGCUUGUGAGCAUUUUGAAUCAAUAUCUGCCCAAGCCAAAGAGGAGUUAUUAGAUUUUAAAACUAGGAGGCUUCAUGCUUUUCGAAAGAGUUUGAUUGAAUUGGCUGAAUUAGAAAUAAAGCAUGCUCGUAGUCAACACGAUUUAUUGAAAAAAUCCAUUUCUAAUCUUAAUGAUUUACUUUGAGCCAUUUUUGCUCAAUUUUUGUAUGUAUUCAUAUCAAAAUAUUUGUUUUCUGAGCUGGUCUAUUUAAGAUUCUGAAUUAGCAUAAUGUAUUUUUUAGGAAACUACGUUUUGAAAUAUCUAUUUUUAUAUUCUUUCAUUUAAGUAUUUACAGCUUGUUUUGCGUGUAACUUUUUUUUAAAUACACCAGAAUCGGAUAAUUCAAAGAUUCCAGUUUAUGUUUUGGUUAUUUCAUAUAUUAUAUAAAAAAAAGUAUAUAUAUAAUUAUUGUAUGUUUAUAUUAAAAUAAAAGUUUAUAUUUAUGUAA